AAGUGUGUUCAUCAUUCCUGGUCUUUGGUCUUUAUUUUUCAUCAUUAAGUGGAGUAACCAAGAAGAUCGCAUUGAUUUAUCGGCUUUUUGUUUCUGUUUCCAGUGGGAAAUUGUGUAAAGAAAUCUGGUGAAAUGACAUCUCAGGAAGUUAUUUCUCAAGAUCUACAGUGUAACUGCACACUUCUCGAGUGCUUGUGAUAUUCUAAAAUUAGUUCCUGGUUUGUUUUCAGUGUUAAUGAUUGCCGUUGUCCAAUUCGAGCUUCAUUUGUAUUUCAUUUGUGUGCAUUUAAAGCCAUUGCUAUGGACGGAUUCACCGGGAUGGAGCCACCGUUGGUGCAAGCCGUCUUCUACGGAGAUGCUGAUGAAGUCAGGGCCUUGCUCUACAAGAAAGAAGAUGUCAACAGCACAGAUAUAGAAAGACGUACACCCAUCCAUGCGGCUGCUUUCAGAGGGGAGGCGGAGAUUGUGGAUCUCCUUGCAGAAUGUGGUGCAAGAGUCAAUACCAAGGAUAGCAGAUGGCUUACUCCUCUUCACAGGGCUGUUGCUUCCAAAAGUCAGACCACAGUACGAGUUCUCCUGAAGCACAAUGCAGACAUCAAUGCCAGAGAUAAGAACUGGCAGACCCCUCUGCAUGUCGCUGCAGCCAACAAUGCUGUGGACAUUGCUGGAAUGCUCAUACCUCUGCUGUCAACGGUCAAUGUCACUGACCGUGCCGGACGUACCAGUCUCCACCAUGCAGCUUUUAAUGGCCAUGUAGAGAUGGUGAAGCUGCUAGUGGCAAAGGGAGGGACUAUUAACGCUCAGGAUAAAAAGGAGAGGAGGCCGCUUCAUUGGGCAUCAUACAUGGGGCAUGUUGAUGUCGUGCAGCUCUUGAUCGAGAAUGAUGCAGACAUCGGCUGUCGGGAUCGUAGUCUGUUCACACCUCUCCAUGCAGCCGCUGCUAGCGGACAAGUCAGUGUGGUUAGGAUACUUCUAGAACAUGGUGCUAAGGUUGACAUUCCUAAUGCUUGUGGGAACACCCCUCUUCAUAUAGCAAGCUUGAAUGGCAACGAUCUGGUGCUGAGGGAGUUAAUACAACAUAAUGCUGAUGUAAACACACUCAAUAAUAAGGGGCAGACCCCACUGCACCUAGCUGCCGUCUCACCACACGGAGGCAUGUGUCUGGAGUUCCUGAUCAGUCGAGGCGCCGAGGCCAACAUUCAGUGCAAAGAUGGGCGCACCCCUCUUCAUAUGAUAGCCCUCCAGGGACAUUACCCACGGGCUGAAAGCCUCAUUGAACGAGGCAAGGUGAGAGAAUACCCCGUCUUCAGUCCUUCGAUUGUCCAGCUUCUCUUAGAUGCUGGUGCUAUGAUUGACUGUGUGGAUAGUCAAGGUAAUACACCACUCCACUUAGCAGCACAGCAUGGUCACCAGGAGCUACUGGUCACUCUGCUUGACCACAGUGCUGACCCAACAAGACAUGGUAUCCAUCAUAUGUUACCGCUCCAUCUAGCUGGUUUGAGUGGCUACACAAUCUGUUGCAAGAAACUUCUUGAAGCUGGUUGUGACGUGAAUGGUCUUGAUGAGAACGGCAGGACACCAGCUCAUUGUGCAUCAUGCUCAGGGAACGUUGAUUGUCUAGAUCUACUAAUCAGCCGAGGAGCUGACUUUGACGUCCAAGACAAGGAAGGCCGUACACCUCUCCACUAUGCUGCAGGCAAUGCCAACCAUCAAUGUCUUCUCUCAUUGGUCGCCAUGGGGUCAAAGGUCAAUACCUCGGACGUCAGGAACUGUACGCCACUCCACUAUGCAGCAGCUGCCGACAUGGAAGCAGACUGUGUGGAGCACCUUCUUCACAACAAUGCAAAUCCAACAUUAAGAGAUGAGCAUGGAUAUAAUGCACUUCAUUAUGCAGCAGCCAGCGGUCACAGUUUAGCAGCAGAAAAGUUGAGAGCUGUAGCAGCCAAUGAGCUUCUUGCAGCAAGUCGAUCAGGUCCUCUUACAACCCCUCUUCACUUAGCAGCAUACAACGGUCACGUCGAAGCGCUUCAGGUCCUGAUGCGUUCCAUCGUCAACCUGGACAUCCAGGAUGCCAACGGACGAACGGCCCUUGACCUUGCUGCGUUCAAAGGUCACGCGGAGUGUGUGGAAUCUCUGGUCAUGCAGUCUGCCACCAUUCUAGUCCAUGACUCUGUCUCGAAGAGGACACCCAUGCACGCGGCCGCCUAUAACGGCCAUGCGGAGUGUCUGCGGAUAUUACUUGAGAAUGCGGACCAAGAGGGCGCUGUUGAUGUCGUGGACGACCAGGGCAGGACUCCUCUCAUGGUCGCUGUUAGUAACGGUCACAUCGAUGCCACCAUGCUCCUAUUAGAUCACAGGGCUAGCCCGACCAUUCAAGACGUCAAUAAGAGGACAGCACUGCAUAGAGCGUCUGCUAAUGGCCAUGAAGAAUGCUGCGAUGCCCUCUUAGGGGUGUGUAACUCCACCAUCAGAGAUAUCAACGGCAGAUCGGCCCUUCACAUGGCGGCAGCUUGUGGUCACGAGGGUAUCCUGGGAUCUCUCCUGCAGCUUGAACCCACAAACCACUUAGAUAACAAGGGCUACACACCACUGCACUGGGCUUGCUAUAAUGGUCAUGAUAACUGCGUUGAACUCUUACUUGAACAAGAUCCCAACAUGUUCUUUGAAGGAAAUAGUUUUUCAGCUCUUCAUUGUGCAGUAUUACGAGACAAUGAAGUAUGUGCUGAGAUGCUUAUAGAUGCUUUAGCAGAUGAAGUAGUCAACAUUCAAGAUUCUAAAGGAAGGACACCAUUACAUGCUUCUGCCCUCAACGACCAAGUGGAAUGCAUGCAGCUCUUACUGAGGCACGGAGGCCAGCCCAACAUUGUAGACAGGAGUGGCAAGACUUGCUUCAUGAUAGCAGCAGAGAGUGGCUCUGCCGGAACAAUAGAAUUACUUGUCACAGGACAGAUAGCAGACAUCUCCUUAUCAGAUGACACAGGAAACUCAGCUCUGCAUCUGGCUUGCCAACAAACACAUGAAGGUUGUGCUUUGAUGAUCUUGGAGAAGAUUGAUGAUGUUAGAGUCUUAGAUAUGCCAAAUGCCAAAGGAGAAACGCCAUUACAUAUAGCAGCUUCUCGUGGUCUAGUCAUAGUAGUCCAGGACCUGAUAACAAGAGGAGCUAGUCUUCUAGCCGUAGACAACAAAGGUUACACACCGGCACUAAGCUGUGCAUCUUCCGACAAGGUCGCGGACUGUCUAGCUCUCAUCCUAGCUCAUAUGAUGCCCUUCUCGCCAGGGAAUUCCACCAUCAAUUCCUCACGCAUCGCUCUUGCUCUUUCGGGCGAGCUCGGCCGCACCCGAACUUCCACCAGCCUCGAUUUCAACGACGGCAAUCGCAGCAGGACGGAGAGCAACGCCGAUACGUCUGACUCAGAAACAUAUUGACAAUUGAUGUCAUUAAUUUCUUAGGCUCUAUGAUGUUAGUAAAUGAAUUAUAAAUAAAUUUGUUUAUAUUAAACUAUUUUUCUAGAUAUCAAUUUACCUAUUAACUUAUUUUCUGAAAAAAGGGACAGAAAAGAUAUUGCAUUGGAGUUAGGGCUUUUCUAAGUCUUAGGGGAUACUUUUGAGUCCCUUAAUUUAAUUUUCCUUUAUAAUGAAAUAGAUAUUUGAUUUCAUUUUAGCUUUGAAAGAGAUAGAACAUCUCAUAACUUUCAAUUCAUAUCAAACUGCAAUGGAGCAUUAAACAAAUGGAUUACUUCCAGGGUUGUUAAAUUCUUUGUUUUAUUAUUACUAUCAGAAACUCUUGUUUAUUCAAUAGAAUCAGACAAGGCACUCUUUUAUAGAGUUAAU